GUCACCCCGACCUGACGCACUCUUGUACCAGAGCGCAGCUGUCACCAUUACUUCAUGCUUAUUGGCUCAGGACCGAGAGAGGCAGAGGCAAAGGCAAACACAGAGAAAGAGAGAGAGAUAGAUAGAUAGAGAAAGAGAGGGAGGGAGAGAAAGAGAGAGAGUUGGACCCCUGCGCUGCAUCGAUCCGCAGAGGCGCACAGAGGAGCUUCCACCGGACUGUUGGACACUUUCUGAGUUUCACUUUUUCCCAGUUGGAAUGCUAAAAGUGGAUUCACUCUUUGGAACAUGCUAUUGGGAAAUUUGGUAGUGGUUGUGUUCUGUCUGUGGGGAACUGACGUCAGCAGAGCUUAUGUUUUUCAAGCCAGCAGACCUUCAGAGGGAGGAGACAGCCCACCGACUCACACCAAAGUCGUCUCAGAGUGGGUCAGCUCAGCGGGCUCCUGCAAGGGGAGAUGCUUUGAGCUGGAGGAGGCCAAACCUCCAGGAUGCAGAUGUGACAAUCUGUGUAAAACCUACUACAGCUGCUGCUCCGACUUCGACCAGCACUGCCUGAAAACAGCGGGCGGUUUUGAGUGCACGCAGGAUCGCUGCGGGGAGGAGAGGAAUGGCGACCACGCCUGUCACUGCUCGGACGACUGUCUGGAGAAAGGAGACUGCUGCUCCAACUACAAGUCGCUCUGCAGAGGUGAGGCUACAUGGGUGCACGGAGGAUGUGAGGAGAUCAAGACGGCUGAAUGUCCUGCAGGCUUCAUCCGUCCUCCCCUCAUCAUGCUGUCCGUCGACGGGUUCAGAGCCUCCUACCUGAAGAAGGGCGACUCCGUCACUCCAAACAUACAUAAACUCAGAGAGUGUGGCACGUCAGCACCCUACAUGCGACCGGUCUACCCAUCAAAGACCUUCCCAAAUUUAUACACCCUCGCCACAGGUCUGUACCCAGAGUCUCACGGGAUUGUGGGAAACACCAUGCACGACCCCGUGUUUAACGCCACCUUCAGCCUGCGCACCAGAGAGAAGCUGAACCACCGCUGGUGGGGCGGACAGCCGAUCUGGAUCACAGCGAAGGAACAAGGAGUGAAAGCAGCCACUUUCUUCUGGCCUUGGGUGAUUCCUCUGGAGAGGAGGAUUUUGACCAUCCUGGGCUGGCUGCAUCUGCCCGAUGAUCAGAGACCGUACGUUUACGCCGUCCACUCAGAGCAGCCCGAUACUUUCGGACAUCGCCUGGGACCGCUCAGCAGUGAGCUGGAUAACCCUCUGAGGGAGAUCGAUAACAUCAUCGGUCAGCUGAUGAACGGUCUGAAGCAGAUGAACCUGCAUCGCUGCGUCAACGUCAUCAUCGUAGGAGACCACGGUAUGGAGGAGGCUCACUGUGACCGGACCGAGUUUCUCAGCAGCUACCCGCUCAACAUCGACGAGAUCUCGCUGAUCCCCGGCUCGCUGGGCAGAAUACGACCCCGAGACCCCAAAUCCACCACAUAUGACCCAAAAGUUGUGGUUGCAAACCUGACUUGCAAAAUGCCGACUCAGCACUUCAAGCCGUACCUGAAGCAGCAUUUACCCAAGAGGCUUCACUACGCCAACAACCGCAGGAUCGAAGACGUCCACCUGCUGAUGGAGAGGAAGUGGCACAUCGCCAGGAAAAUGCCAGAAAAAUUGAGGACUCGCUGUGGCUUCUUUGGUGACCACGGCUUUGACAACAAGAUAACCAGCAUGAGGACAAUAUUCAUGGGUCACGGACCGAGCUUCAAGUUCCAGAAAAGAGUGCCAGAGUUCGAAAAUAUAGAAUUAUACAACGUCAUGUGUGACCUGUUAGGGUUAACGCCGGCUCCAAACAACGGGACGUACGGCAGCUUGAACGACAUGCUCAAAGAUCCUCCGUUCACGCCCAGCAUGCCGGAGGAAGUGUCGCUGCCAGAGUCUGACGCUGAGGACUCUGGGAGCAGCGACCUGGGCUGCAGCUGUGACGAUGAGAACAAAGUGGAGGAGAUCAUUGAACCCUUCAGUCCUGCAACAGAUGGAAGCUACAGUUACAACACUACCCACCUCCCGUUUGGUCGUCCGGCCGUGAUGUUUGACACUCAGUACAGUUUGCUUCAUCAUGUGGAGUUCAUCAGCGGGUACAGCAAAGAGCUGGCCAUGCCUCUGUGGACAGCGUACACUCUGCCACGACAGGAGGACAUGACUCCUGUCCCGGAGGUCCCCCCCAGCGUUCAGUGUGUCCGGGUCGACUCCAGAGUGUCAGCUGAUCACAGUCAGAGCUGCACCGCCUACAGCCAGAACAACCAGAUCACCUACGGCUUCCUCUUCCCUCCAGAGCUGGCUUCAUCUCCGGAGUCCAAAUAUGAUGCCUCGCUCAUCACCAACGUCGUCCCCAUGUACCCGGCCUUCAAGAGGAUGUGGAGUUACCUGCAGGGGACGCUGCUGAGGCGUUUUGCAGAGGAAAACAACGGCAUCAAUGUUCUCACUGGUCCCAUCUUUGAUUUCAACUACGACGGCCUCCGAGACACCACAGAGAAGAUUAAAGAGUUUUCGGAGGACGCCCCGCCUGUCCCUACACAUUACUACACGGUGGUGACGAGCUGCCAGGAGCUGAACCAGACGGUGGAGGAGUGUGACGGAGCUCUCAGGGUCUUUUCCUUCCUGCUGCCGCACCGACCGGACAACAGCGAGGCCUGUAAUAGUGCAGAGGACGAGUCGCAGUGGGUCGAAGAACUCCUGAAUCUCCACACGGCCCGAGUCCGAGACGUGGAGAUCCUGACGGGCCUGGACCUCUACCGGUCUACCAACCUCACUUACACCAGCACCCUGAGCCUCAAAACCUACCUGCACACCUUCGAGAGUGACGACUAGACGCACAGAGAGACAGAAACACACACACACACACACACACACACACACACACACACACACACACACACACACACACAUAGGAUGUAGCCCUUUGUAGAAGUCCUGCAUUUUCACUGCAUGCUCGCUGGAUAGCCGGCGCAUCGUCGUUCCACUCCUGAGGAACUGCCCGAGAAGUGCUCGGAAAAAAGGAAACACAUUUUUGAAAAGUGAAAAAGAUUAAAAGAAUGGUUUGGGAAAGUUAGAGUUUGGAAGAUUACAGCAGGAAUAUUCAAUUCUAUCCCCCCCAAAAUCAGAGAAGGAAUGAGCUAGCACAGGAACGAUGCAGGAUGGGGGACUUUCUCGACAACUGCCACAGCACAUUUCAUAAACACAUUUUUCAUGCACAGAUUAUGGACCAUAUUUGGGUUUUAGCUCGGUAACCAUAAACAAUAUACUUUAUAUUCCUACUGUCUGUUCAUUGCAUGCUGCCGACUUUAAUCAUUUUAAUG